AAGAUAUGAUUAUUGUUAGAAGAAUGGAAAUGGCUGCCGAUGCCUUAUAUAAAGCUAAAAAAAUUAGAGGUUUCUGUCAUUUAUCAAUUGGUCAAGAAGCUGUUGCCGUUGGUAUUGAAGGUGCCAUUAAUAAUAAAGAUACCGUCAUUACUUCUUAUAGAUGUCAUGGUUUUGCUUAUAUGAGAGGUUGUUCAGUUAAAGAAGUUUUGGGUGAAUUGAUGGGUAAAAGAAAUGGUGCCUCUUAUGGUAAAGGUGGUUCAAUGCAUAUUUUCGCUCCAGGUUUUUACGGUGGUAAUGGUAUUGUUGGUGCUCAAGUUCCUUUAGGUGCUGGUUUAGCUUUUGCUCAUAAAUAUAGAGGUGAAAAAAAUGCUUGUUUCACUUUAUAUGGUGAUGGUGCUUCUAAUCAAGGUCAAGUUUUUGAAUCUUAUAACAUGGCUAAAUUAUGGGAUUUACCAUGUAUUUUUGCUUGUGAAAAUAAUAAAUAUGGUAUGGGUACCGCUGCUUCUAGAUCCUCUGCUAUGGUUGAAUACUAUAAGAGAGGUCAAUAUAUUCCAGGUUUAAAAGUUAAUGGUAUGGAUAUCUUAGCUUGUUACCAAGCUUCUAAAUUUGCUAAAGACUGGUGUGCCAAUGGUAACGGUCCUUUGGUUUUAGAAUAUGAAACUUAUAGAUAUGGUGGUCACUCUAUGUCUGAUCCAGGUACUACUUACAGAACUAGAGAAGAAGUUCAACAUAUGAGAUCUAGAAAUGAUCCAAUUGCUGGUUUGAAAGCCGUCUUGAUCGAUUUAGACAUUGCUUCUGAAGAAGAAAUCAAAUCUUACGAUAAAGCUGCUAGAAAAUACGUCGAUGAACAAGUUGCUGAAGCUGAAGCCGAUGCUCCUCCUGAAGCUAAAAUGGAUAUCUUAUUCGAAGAUGUUUACGUUCCAGGUUCUGAAGUUAGAGAAUUGAGAGGUAGAAUUUCUGAUGACACUUGGAAUUUCGAAACUGGUACUUUCACCAACAGAGUUUACUAA